AUGCGUUAUUCAUUCAUCGCUGCGCUCUUUGCCGCCACUGUUCUGGCUUCACCUCAGCCUCCUCUGCCAACUGGCGGCGUCACCCUCAUUGACCCCGUCUCUGUCAACAUCACUGUCGAGAAGCGCCAGUCCCUUACCUUGGACCAGUCUACUGCCUUGAAGCUACACAAUGACGGCCGUGCCCAAGUUGGCUCGCCCCCCGUGCAGGCUCUGAUCUGGGAUACUACUCUGACAGCCCAUGCUCAGAGCUGGGCCAACUACCUUGCCUCCAUCGACCAGAUGCAGCAUUCGUCUGGCACAGGCGAGGGAGAGAAUCUGGCCUCACAGUUUUCGACCAGCGGUGUCCAAUACCCCUUGUCCGUCUCAUCCUAUGCUUGGAUGAACGAGAAGUCCAACUACCACGGCGAGGUGAUCCCGCAGGGUAACUUCGCAUCUUACGGACACUACACUCAAUGCGUGUGGAGAGGUUCAACCAAGGUUGGCAUUGCAUACGCCAUUUCCAACUCCAACACGUACUAUACUGUUGCAAGAUAUUCGCCUGCCGGUAAUGUCGUUGGGCAGACACCCUACUAA